AUGACACGAAUUUACUUGGAUAUGUUUUAUUUAAUGCUUGUUUAUUACUUGUAUUUCAACAAAUUCACUUUGGCAUUAACUCCUCCUAAUACUGUUUGGCAACUUACCGCUGCUCUUGUAGAUUCUAGAAUUUACUUUACAGGUGGAAUAAGAUCACCACCAUUUCAAAAUUUUUUUUAUUUAAACGUUGGUAAACCUUUUAAAAUCGAUGAGCCGCCUUUUGUAGAUCUUGGUUCAGAAGCAGCAAGUGUUCCAGAACAUGCAUGGAGCACAUUUACACUUUGUGGUCAUAAUAAUUCUAAUCUAGUGAUGUUCAGUGGAAUCAGUAAUCCAGACCAUACAAAUGCAGUUUAUACCUAUGAUACGAAAUUACAAUAUCCGGCUUGGCGCAGUUUUUUUACCAAAAAUGAACUUAGUAACAAAUAUAGUGGUAUAUACGAUGAACAUAAUAAUCGUAUGGAUAUUUUUGAUUCAUGGAUAGGGAAGUGGACAUUUAGCAAUACAAGUAUUGAAAGUACACCAGCAGGAAGAUAUGACACAACACAACAAAAUUUUACAUGGCCAACAGCGUAUGUCUCUACCACGACGCCAACUCUACGCAAUUGCCAUUCGGCUACUUUGGUUGACGAUUAUAUGAUCGUGGCUUUUUGGGAAUAUCCUAAAUAUGGAAAAGAAUUGGUCAUUUUAGAUACGAGUAAUAAAUCUGAUUACAAAUGGAUUAGCGAGUUCAAUCCUGACAGAAAUAAGACUGACAGUAUUGUCAGUAUUGUUAAACCUACCUGUAUGUAA